CCUGUCUCGUAACUGUAAAUCUCCGUCGGUGCGCUUCAGCGCAAAUAAAACACAUUUGUUUUUUAACUUUUAACCAAAGCAAAAUGACGGAGUUCAAUGCAAACACCGUACUUUGGAGCCUCGAUGACUACAUCAAAGUGCGCAAAGACGAAAUAUCAAUUAACAGAAAAGUAAAGCAGAAGAAGGAGGCAAGCGGUGGCACUCGACAAUCUGCGCAUUUACAGUCUUACAAGGACGUCGACUUAUCUGAGGACGAAGACGAUGAUGAGGAAUUCAGUUUUCCUAUGGUGGAGAAACGCUUUAAUGUAGACGAUGACGCACACGCAGCGAAUAUGAACCAGCUGAAUUUUGAAAAGAAUGAUUUCGAUCAGCUAAUGUAUGAUGUUCGUACGGAAGCUUAUCAUGUGGAUUCGAUUGCUGAACCAUUAGAAGCACCUAAUCCAACGCCACCACGUCCGAGCGUUAAAUCGCGUCUUGGCCCGAGGCCCACCGAAAACGGGGCCAAUCGCGGACAACAGCCUCAGCUGAAAAACCAUGGACCGAUUCAGAAGCGCGGCGGAGCUUAUCCUAACCAUAUCAACAAGCGCAACAAAAAGAGGUCAAAUUUCAAUCAAAGACGAGUAGGUGCCACUGCUCAUAGUGGUCACGACCUUUCGUUAGAACAGAAAAUGUGUAACGCAAAUGUUGGUCAACUGCAAAACGUAUUUGACAGGGCAAACAACUUCCAGAAUAAUAACUUUGCUCACAAUGGAUUACCGUUCGAUGCCAGUGCCAAUAAUAAUAAUUUACAUUUUAACAACAACAACACCAUGAUGUGCUUGAACAACCAAGGACUUGUCAAUUCGAACAGCAACGAAGUGUUGCUGCAUCAUACUCAAGUAUCGGCAAAUUUGAACAAUUUCGGCGGAAUGGCUCAAAAUCAAGGAGCUAUCAAUUCGGGCUGCUUCGGCGGUGGUUUCCAGAAUAUCCAAAGACCCGUCAAUUUGAACAGCCACGGCGGGCUGAUUCACAACAGUCAAGGAUCUGCCAAUUCAAACCGCUACCUUGGACUUUUAUCGAAUAAUAAAGGAUCUUGCAGUACAAACAGCUUCGGCGUAAUUCAAGGAACAGCCUAUUCUAGCAGCUACAACGGAAUUUUCUCAAGAAACAACGUAGGCAUGUUCUCGAGCAACAACGCGGCGAUGUUCUCGAACAAUGCGAACAGCACCAGACCCAAUAUCAUCGAAAACAAUUGGGGCAUCAGUGCCGAGAUGCGCUCGAAAAGUCCAGUCAAUAUCAAAGCACGUCAGAAUCGCCCUGAGCCAUCGGUCAAGGGCAACCUUGAAGCAUUGUUGGCUUCUCCAGAUCAGCCAAAAAGCGGUAUGUUUGUAGGUGAGGCGCUUGGCAUGAGUCUAAGCGAUUGCAAAACGGCCGACUUCCGUACUGUGGCCCAGAACGUUUUGUUUUUGCUGGCUACUGCUGAUAAUGAUUCCCAAACCAAGCCAGACUAUGGGGUCGUUAAUAAAAAUGUAUCGCAGGAUCGCCAUUUUUGAAACUGGAUGGAGUACUGGAAGCAAGCUGCGUCGCUGAAACUAUAAUUAAGAAUUUAUCAUGACACUAGGUUUAGUGUAACAACUUCAAACGAGAAGAAUUAGCGGGCAGCUGCCAGCCGUUUGUGCCGGACAUGUGUGAAUGCGCGUUUGUGUUGUAUGAGGUAAGAAGAAGAGUGGCUGCAGUGAAUGUCACAGCAGAGAACAAGAGUUGAGAUUUUCUUGUACAUGUACAUAAGUAUGUACUUUCGCUGAUAAGAACGUGCUGAGCUGCUUAUCACAACAAAAAGUACUCAUGGACAGCCGAGCCGAGCCGAGAUGUGAGAAGAGAAGCGAAAGCGGACGAAAAUAGAAACAAACGGCGAUAAAUUUACAGCAAAAGGCGAAUGUUCAUACCGAAGCGAUUCGCCGAUGGAGGAACAGCAAAGCAGAACGCAGAACAGAGUAAAAUAAUAAUCAAUCAGUUAAUCUGCUCAAUAGUUAAAACGUGGAAGUGACAUAGCCGAAUGGAAAUUGAUCGUGUAGACUAGCAAAUCGAGUUGUAAAGUUCCUUUAUGUCGAGAGAGCCUCAUCAAGUGAAUAAUUAUUUUGAUUUCUGGUCGAAUGCCGGCAUACGACCCACACGACAAUUAUCUGAACAAAGAAAAUCCAAUUAUUUUUAGUUUUGUAAGUGCAGAAAGAGCAACAAAUAAACGUAUAACA